UCGGACACGGAAUUCGUCACGAUCAGAUCCAAGGAAAAUUGGGCAUUUUGGAGUCGUAGCGAUUGCAUUUGUUUGUUUUAACAACAGACUCAAAAAAUUUGUGGUUUAGUUUGCAGAUUUUAAUAACACUCGUCGGCUCGGACGUUAAAUAUGCAAGUAUAACUACACCGUUCGAAAUACCCGAUCCAGAUUGUGUCAAGAUGAUGACUUUAGGCCGCCAAUUCACCAUCGGAACACUUUACAAUUACGCCGAAGAUACAAUCGUGCCAAAUAUGCGCUUGUGGGAUCCAGACGAUGUGGUCAGUUUGGUCGUCGUAAAAACGAAAAAAAAGGAACUGUCAAGGUUCAUUCGAUGGCGACUGAGGAAACCAGUGAUAAUAAAGACGAUGUAACAGAAUGUGAUGGGCCUUGGCUAUCUUAUUUAGGAAUGGAUAAUCACACGGCGAUGAGUCUGAUGACCGGCAUGUUGCGUCCACCAUCCGGAAGAGCUUGGCAGUACGCGGCCGACUGGGCGGACUGGAAGGCGGAAACGUUUGUUCGUCAAAACGAAGUGGCGGUACAUUGUUGUUGCUCCAACAAGAAAGUCUCGGCGCUCGAUUCAAUUUCACAACUGGAAAUCAUUUGCCGUCCAGAAAAAUUAAUAAAGAGCGGAGCCACUCACGUCGUCGUGGCCGUCACUUAUGGCCUGGAAGCCUUUUGCAUUUUUCCCCAUCAACAGCAAAAGUCAAACACGACAAAUGAUGACGAUGACAAAGCCAUUGAAAGAAUGCGGAACUACGCCCGCAUAUUCGCAGAUCGGCUCAUGGACGAUAGAAACAAUUUAGAACCGGAUCAGGAUCAAGAAUGUGACGAAGAGGACGGCGGACAAUGUUUCGUCCCGCUAGACUUGCAGUGCAUUCUCUACAGCGAUUUCAAUCAAGUUAAAAGGGACGGGAAUAAUAGCUGGACUUCUAAGCCCGUCGCAGAACAGUACGAAGCCUGCAGGGCGGUACUGAACCAUCCAGCCAACAUGGCAAUUCCGCUGAAAGUAUUAUUGUACCCACUCCAAGAAUUGAUGCCUAAUAUAGAAGGUAAAACUAAGAUCCCGCGAAAUCUUCGAGAUGUGUCGUUGAAAAUAGUGCUUCGCUGUCAAAUUAUAUGGAACCAUUUGCAACGAAUUCGUUGCGACACAGACGAUUUGAUUGGCGAUUUGUGUGGUUGCCACUGUAUUCCGCUAACAACCUAUAAGAGAAUCAAGGAAUUUGGGGAAUUAAUAACAAAAUAUGUAGGGGUUUUAGGCAAGGCGCUGGCUGAGUGGACCAUUGACGUCCGACGGGGAGAGAUCAUGGAAGGAGAAGAGAUAAUGGCUAAGAUGAUAAAAGCCAUGGAAACCCAAUCGCCGUUCCUUCCCAACGAGCUGAACUGUUGGCUCGAUCGUCAGAAACAGCAAAUCAAGACUUUUAAAAUGUUGGAUCAAUUACCCGAUGUCCGGCUUGUGUCUGCAGUAGAAAAUUUCAAAAAAGAGGUGACAAAUGGAACCAGCAAAGCGUCGUCUUACGCUGUGGUUAUUCACUUGCCAAAUUUAGAUGGAAUGCUGUCGGACUCUCUGGUUGACGAAAUGAAGCGUUAUGUUGAAGUGUUCAACCAAACUCCUAGUUCGAAUUGGACAGGCUGGAAAAGUGACAGUAUUAAAGAACAACUAGCAAUUAAGCAGCGGGAUUCCAUUUCAACCAGCAACUGUCGUCGAAUACUCGUUGCUGCUCAAGAGUUUUCAACCUGGGUGACUAAUAACAACAGUGACAACUCCAACGUACGAUACAUCAUAUUUUACGACGAACAGAUUGGUGCUGGUGUAGGGGAAAUAUCACCGUUGACGCGAUUAUACGACUGUAGAACGGGAGACGCUCUACCUUUGAACUUUACCAUCCCCAAAGUUCCUAGUCCAGUCACAGUCGAAAAGAACUAUCGUGGCGUGAUCACGCUGAGCUGGACAACUGAGGAAGAAAUCGAGGAGCCCAGCAACUUCCUUUUGCAGUAUCGGAGUAUUAUUGAUAGAUCCGGAGAAAGGUGGGAUUCCAUUCAACAUCAUUCCAAGGAAAUUACGAUCAGUCAUCUGCAAUCGAAGGAGACUUAUGUGUUCCGCGUUGCCACAGUGACACCAGGAGGGAGGAGUCCGUUCAGUCCGGUCAGUUGUGAGGUGACAAUCGACCCGGUUUGUCCGCCACCAUCCGGACUUUUAUGUCGGUACGUGACGAACACGAGCAUCACCAUUUCCUGGUCUCAUCCAUUUAAUUCAGGCCGAGUUGAGACCGUUGCGGAAGAAGACGAGGAUAAUUAUGCAAAGGAUGAAGAUGAGUACGAUGACGACUGCUACGACCAAUACGACCCGCACGAUGAUGAUGAUAACUAUGAUGACGAUAAUAACUACGAUGAUAACUACGAUGACGAGUACUACGACAAUUACGAUGACGAUGAAAAUCGACACUACAGUGAAAAUCAAGAAGCCGGAAGAGUUGCGGAAGAAGAGGAUGAUUAUGAAAAGGAUGAAGAUGAGUACGAUGACGACUACUACGAUUAUUACGACCCGCGCGAUGACCAUGAAAACUACGAUGACGAGUACUACUACUACGCCAAUUACGACGACGAUAAUAACUAUGAUGACGGCGAUAAAUACGAUGGCGAGUACUACGAUGAAAAUCGACACUACAGAGAAAAUCAAGAAGCCGAAGUAACCAUUACUUCUUACUAUAUUGACUGCUGGAUGGGUGACAGCCGCCACCAGUCCACAUUCAUACAAAGAUCCACUACGGAAAAGACGAUUACACUCGAACCACUCGUCCCCGACACAGAUUACUACGUCCAAGUUCGGGCUAUCUGCACUGAUGCUACGGGAUCCACUUUCUACAGUCCAGCAUCCCAGAUUAUAGAAGCGAAAACGCUGCGAGAUGCCGAACGGGCGGCACAUAUCGUCCGUCAUGUCAGCAAAAAAUGUUCGGUUACCAAAGGCGUCGAUCUUUACCAGUUGCCGUUAAAGAGACAACGCGGAGUCCAAACACAAGGAGUCGGACACUACGUUUUUGGUGAACCAAGUUACUUGGCGUUGGCCGGCAAGCGUCGUCAACGGACUAUCUUGGUGCUGGGCGCCACCGGUUCCGGCAAAAGUACUCUAAUCGACGCUAUGGUGAAUUACAUGCUGGGUGUCGAGUGGAAUGACGACUUUCGCUUCAAACUGAUCGACGAGCCGGCCGACAAGUCACAAGCUCACAGCCAAACGGACUUGGUGACCACCUACGACUUGCACGAGAUGAAAGACUCCCGGCUGAAUUAUUCUCUAACAGUGGUCGAUACUCCAGGAUUUGGUGACACUCGUGGGCUGGAGAAAGACAAGAAGAUUGUGCAGCAAAUUCAGGAUUAUUUCCAAUGCCGUCAUGGAAUUCAGCAACUGGAGGCCGUCUGUUUCGUCGUCCAGUCGUCUCUCUCCAGAUUGACGGCCACUCAGCAGUACAUUUUCGACUCCAUCUUGUCUAUUUUCGGACAAGAUAUUAACGACAAUAUUCGGCUGAUGGUGACAUUUGCUGACGGCGCUUUGCCGCCGGUCCUUGGUGCAGUCAAAGAGGCCGGCAUCCCGUCGCCCAUGGAUCCAUCCACCGGUCUUCCUCUUCACCACAAAUUUAAUAAUUCCAUUUUCUUUACUUCCAACAAGGGCGACCGCCGGACGAACGAAUUCAACCGGACCUACUUCGACAUGGCAGUCGAGGGUUUUGACAAAUUCUUUGACGAUUUGAGUCGCAUGGAAGCCAAAUCUUUGACGCUGACCCGGGAAGUUCUCGAGGAACGAAAGCGGCUUGAAGCUCUUGUCGAAGGUCUUCAACUUCGUACACAAAUUAAACUGGCCCGUAUCGACGAGUUCGAGCAAAUCAAGAAGAUUCUGACAGAUAAUCACGAACAGAUAGACGCAAACAAGAAUUUUGAGUUUGAUGUCGAAUUUCUGGUUCCAGAGGAGACGGACAUUAGCGGGACAGGCCAAUUCACCACCAACUGCCAAAAGUGUCGAACAACUUGUCAUUUCCCUUGUGGACGGGCUCAUGACGAAGAUAAACAUCUUUGCUCCGUUAUGGAUUCGAACGGUAGCUGCAGAAUCUGCAAGUGCCCUUGGAAUGAACACUUCAAUCAAAAGUACAGGUACGAAAUGGUGAAGGAGAAAGUCAAGCGUUCAUCUGACGCCAUCCGGCAACAGUAUCAAGGGGCCAAGAAUGAGGCGAUAACCAAUGAACAGCUGCUGAAAAACAUUCAGAAAGAAAUUGACAAAUACGAGUCACAGCUGAUGGAGUUGAUGCAAUCCACUUAUCCGUGCAUCCAGCGGCUGGACGAAAUCGCUCUCCGGCCUCACCCUUUCUCCGCGCCCGACUAUAUCGACUUGAUGAUAGCCACCGAGAAACAAGAAAAUCGCCUAGGAUAUCAGCAGAGAAUCGCCACACUACAAAAACUCCGCCAAAUGGCCGAGAUCACGGCCCAAUUGAUCCGCGAUAAGCGUACGGUUUAAAAGCCACUCACGAAUAGCUUCGGAACUCGUCGAUUAAUUGUCGUCGUUAUUCGCCACUAUUUCUCGUUCUUCCAACAACAUCGGUUCGUGAAAUUACACACAGCAUCUUGCUUUCAUGUCUGUGUACACAACGAAGAAUUAUGAUGUGAA